AUGUCAGCCCUGCCUAAAAUAGUGAGGGAUAGACUGCAAAUCCACAGCUAGAAGCCUAAAACCCUCCAAUCCUGCUCCAGUCAGCCGCAGGUCAGCACACACACAGCUCCUACAACAGGACACAGCAAGGGAUCAAAGGCUAUCUGCAGGUUUGCCUCCCUGAGCCAUCAGCCAGAGCCCAGUCUCCACCAGGGGUGGCACUGCUGGCCCUUCUCACUUCAGGACUGAGUGCUGGAGAAAUCCUGAACUGGGAGCAGGUGCAGCAUCUCAUUCCACUCUCAUUUUUUGGGGGGAGAUCCUGGGGAUUACUGGGGGAAUUCUAUGUCACAAGUGAAGGGCUUCCUUGGCAUCAACUGAAGUGACCCAGACCCAGGCAGCUCGUGGAGGACUCCAACAUGACAUCCACUGAAGGUGCCAACAACACGCCCAAGCAGGUGGAAGUUCGAAUGCAUGAAAGCCACAUAACGUCGGAAGAAACGAACCCCAGGUCUCCAUGUCUGCGAAUAUGGGACAAACUGCGGGGGAACCUCCUGCUUACUCUCACAGUAUUGGGUGUUAUUCUUGGAGCAGUGUUUGGAGGGGUCCUCCGACUCGCAUCUCCAAUCCAUCCUGACAUUGUUAUGGUGAUUGCCUUUCCGGGAGAUAUACUCAUGAGGAUGUUAAAGAUGUUGAUCCUACCCUUGAUCAUUUCCAGUUUAAUCACAGGACUGUCUGGAUUGGAUGCCAAGUCUAGUGGUCGUCUUGGUACAAGGGCAAUGGUUUAUUAUAUGGUCACUACUAUUAUAGCUGCUAUUUUGGGGGUUAUCCUAGUCUUGGCCAUUCAUCCUGGCGACCCCAAACUAAAGCAACAGCUUGGAAAAGGACAAGAAAACGAUGAGGUCUCCAGUCUUGAUGCUUUUCUGGAUCUGAUCCGGAACCUUUUCCCUGAGAAUCUUGUUCAGGCUUGCUUCCAGCAGAUUCAAACCGUUAGUAAGAAGGUCACUGUUGAAACUCGCAUCGAGGAACCUACAAACGUGACCGACUCUGUCUUCUCCCUAAUGAACGACACCGUAGUUGUGGCACAGGAAGAAAUUAAAAAGAAGUUGGAGUUUAAAGAUGGAAUGAAUGUUCUAGGAUUGAUCGGUUUCUUCAUUGCUUUUGGCAUUGUCAUGGGGAAGAUGGGGGAGCAGGCCAAGCUGAUGGUGGAAUUCUUCAGUAUCUUGAAUGAGAUUGUGAUGAAGCUUGUGACUCUGAUAAUGUGGUACUCUCCACUCGGUAUCGCUUGCCUCAUCUGUGGGAAAAUCAUCGCCAUCAAGGAUUUGGAGCUGGUGGCCAGGCAACUGGGAAUGUACAUGUUAACAGUCAUUAUAGGUCUAAUCAUUCACGGAGCCAUCUUUCUGCCGUUAAUUUAUUUCGCAAUAACUAGGAAGAGCCCAUUCCCUUUCUUGGCUGGAAUUUUCCAGGCUUGGAUCACAGCGCUGGGAACAGCUUCCAGUGCGGGGACUCUGCCAGUGACUUUCCGUUGCUUGGAGGAGAACUUGGGUAUUGACAAGAGAGUGACAAGAUUUGUUCUCCCAGUUGGAGCUACCAUCAACAUGGACGGGACAGCCCUCUAUGAAGCGGUUGCUGCCAUCUUCAUUGCCCAGAUGAAUGGAAUUAUCUUAGAUGGAGGACAGAUUGUGACAGUGAGCCUGACAGCCACACUGGCUAGUGUUGGAGCAGCGAGCAUUCCCAGCGCCGGCCUGGUGACUAUGCUUCUCAUCCUGACUGCGGUGGGACUGCCCACUCAGGACAUCAGCCUUCUUGUUGCCGUGGACUGGCUCUUGGACCGGAUGAGGACUUCUGUCAAUGUAGUGGGAGAUUCCUUCGGAGCCGGCAUUGUCUACCAUCUGUCAAAAGCUGAACUUGAAAGUCUGGAUAAACAGCAUGCACAGCACGAAAUGGAAAUGGCCAAGACACAAUCAAUUUAUGACGACAUGAAGAAUCACAGAGAGAAUAAUUCCAACCAGUGCAUUUAUGCAGCCCACAAUUCAGUGGUAGUAGAUGACUGCAAGGUAACGCUUGCAAACAAUGGAAAAACUGCAGACUUCAAUGCUGUAGUGGAGGAGCCACUGGACGCGUGAGAUCCCACUGACCACAGCCUGUCCACGAGGAGAGCGUACACUAAGAAAUGACUUCUCAUAACCCCUUUUAACCUAGCACAACUUUUAGCGCCACACCACUGAAAACCUUCUGGCAUCGCGUUUCACUUUAUGCAAAUAGAGGAAAUUCUAAGACCAUUUGGUUCGGAGGUGCAAAGAAUGUACGAGGGGCAAUGCAUCUCCUCGUAGGGACUCAGGUAAACACAUGCAGCAUUUUGGGAUGUUAUGUUCAGAACAGUGUUCAAAUAUUCAGUUCAAUGGCUGAUGUUGUGUGACGUGUGACCUAUUCUUCGGAUUCCAGGAUUUUCAUUCCAAUCUAUAACGAUGGUGUUAACUGUAAUUAUUGUCUACCAACUGACAGACAUAUUUAUUCUGUGUUCUAUAUGUCGUGCUAUACCUCCUCCCCAUCUUAUGGUCUUAUAUGAGUUAUGUAUUGUAGCGUAGAUGUGGUUAUCCGUCUUCCUUCUUUCUGAUCAGGUGCAAUAUAAGUGUAAUACAAAAAACACAAAGCAUACAAAAACAAACCUCUAUGACAAAUCAGUGGAUAUUUUUGAUAUACCCGCAGUGAUUUUAUUUUCAUACAUUAGAUUUGUUUAAGAAUCUU